GUUUUGUGUCCCUUUUUAAUGAUUGCAAUGCCUCGAUUUGUGUUUUCUUUGGGGUUUUUUUGGGGGUAAAAGAAUUCAGUGAAACUCAAACCUGAGCAGAGUCUAAGGAAGUCGAAUGUUUUUGCGUUCGAUCUGAAGGAAGAGCGGAGAUUUCUCGAGAGUUUGGAGGUUUGGGGAGUCGAGAGAGUGUGGGAGUGAGAGCAAGAGAGCGAUCCUGGUUUCAAGUGCUUUCUAAAUCCGGAUGAAUGGCGUUGGUCAUCGAAUUCCUGGUCAGCAAUGCCCCACUCAGUCACCUUUGGUUGCUGUCGGUUCAACUCCUCAUCCUGGAUGUGAAUGCGGGUCACAUCCAAUACGCUGGUCCCUGUGAUGGAAGAGACUGCUCAGUUUGCCAAUGUUUCCCACCUAAAGGAUCCCGGGGACAUCCAGGUAUUUUAGGAAGUCAAGGCCUUCUGGGAUUUCCCGGAUCACCAGGACCCCAGGGCUCUCGAGGAAUAAAAGGACAAAGAGGGGAAUCUGGAUUGUCUGGAUCACGUGGAAGCAAAGGGGAUGAGGGUCCUUUAGGAAAACCUGGCUUCCAGGGAGUGGAUGGCAUUCCGGGGUUUCCGGGAUUGCAAGGCCCAAGGGGUCAUCCUGGACUAGAUGGGUGCAAUGGACCAAGAGGAGAUCCUGGCCUCCCAGGAAUUGAUGGAUAUUUAGGAAAUCCUGGUUUACCUGGAUUGCCAGGGUUGAAAGGUGCAAAAGGAAUCUCUAUAAUUGAUACAUGUGACACAAAGGGUCUACCAGGUGAUCAAGCAGCACCAGGAAAAAGAGGGUUGACUGGUCCUCCAGGUAUGCCAGGUGUUGAAGGUCCUGUUGGUCGAUCAGGUUUACCAGGUUUGCAGGGUGUUCCAGGGUUACCAGGAUUACAGGGUGAAACGGGCAGUGAAAGGAUUGGAUCGAAAGGGAGAAAAGGUGAACAGGGUGCACAAGGUGAUUUGGGGCCUCCGGGGGAAUCUCAACUCAUCGAACAACCUGAAGUGAUCAUCGUUGAAGGAUGUCAGGGUAAUAAAGGUAUCCGAGGAAUCCCUGGGCCUAUAGGAGAUCCUGGACCUGAUGGUACUUGUGAUGACUGUACACUUGAAAAGGGGGAAAAAGGCCACCUUGGUUUCCCUGGGCCUCAGGGCGAACCCGGGAAGCCAGGCCCGUCAGGAUUCUACGGGAUAAAGGGAAAACAUGGGCUGACUGGAAGACCUGGAUUAAAUGGAUUCCCAGGCAGGAAGGGAGACUUUGGUGACCAUGGGCUACCUGGCAAACUAGGACCCUCUUUCAUACUUUGUAACUUUGAGAAAGGUGUGCUGGGAGACCCUGGUAAAGCAGGUUUACCGGGUAUAAAUGGAGAACCAGGACCUCCCGGUCUUGUUGGUCAACCAGGCAGAACAGGUGACCCAUCUGGACCAGGUUUCCCAGGCCAUAUGGGGUUACCUGGUCCACCAGGUCCUAAAGGAAUGAAAGGAAAUGCUGGAAGACCAUCGAUGGGUACAGAGGUGGGAAUUUCAGGGCCCACUGGUGCAGUAGGAUUGCCUGGUCCUCCAGGUGCAAAAGGAAAUCCAACCUUCAUUUGUGAUGCGCUUGGGUACCAGGGUCCACAAGGUCCAACAGGAUUCCAAGGACCACCAGGUCAACGUGGAAUAUGUGGUUUAAAGGGAGAUGCUGGGGAUUGUGCCUGUCUUCCAACAGGCAUAGGUAAACCUGGGGAACCUGGUCGUCCAGGUAGGCCAGGACAAGCUGGAGAUCCAGGGAGGAAGGGAGAGCUUGGAAACCGAGGCCCAGCUGGUCCUUUUGGAUAUCUAGGACCCAGUGGACCUCCAGGAAGGGAUGGUCGAUCAGGUGCAAAGGGGCAGAAAGGAGAGUCAAAUGGAGUAAAUAAGAAAGGGGAGAAAGGAGAUCGGGGUGAUUCAGGAUCUCCAGGCGUUCAAGGAAACCCAGGCCAACCUGGUCUAAAUGGAGACCCAGGAUUCCGUGGCUCACGUGGAUUCGAUGGUGAAGCAUGCAAGGGAAUGCCGGGGAUCUUGGGUUUACCCGGAUUACAAGGACCUCCGGGUUUGCCAGGUCCACCUGGGCCCCAAGGCUUGGGUUAUCCUGGCUCAAAAGGUCACAAGGGUCCAUCCGGAAAUCCAGGUUAUCCAGGAGUAGAUGGUUCCCCAGGGCCAAAAGGCCCAGACGGGACAAGAGGUUAUUCAGGGCCUCCGGGUAAACAAGGAAACUCAGGCUUCAAAGGGUUUAAGGGUCAAAAAGGUGAACCAGCCCUGAAUGGAUAUUCAGGACCACCAGGCUUCCGAGGAAAUGAUGGUGACAGAGGUCCUCAAGGACCCGUGGGUGCUUCUCAAGAAGGCAUUCAAGGCCUUCCAGGUGCUCCUGGAAUUUCAGGAGAAAAAGGACCUCCUGGCAUUGCAUCUGAGAGGCUUCAAGGACCCCCUGGGCAAAUAGGCAGGCAAGGCUCAGACGGGACAAGAGGUUCACCUGGUGACCCUGGCAGUAGAGGAUUGUCAGGACAAGAUGGAGUUCCAGGAUUCUCAGGUCUGAAAGGAAUGCAGGGUGACCAAGGCCCAAGUGGAAUUCCUGGCUUGCGUGGGCUACCAGGCUUACCUGGAUAUCGAGGCCAGCCAGGUCCAUCUGGUCCUCCGGGGCUUCCUGGUUUACCCGGCCUCCAAGGUUUUUCUCAAAAAGGAUUGCCAGGAGAUCCAGGUGCCUGUGGCCCAACAGGAAUGAAGGGUCUGCCAGGAAUUACAGGGAGCCCAGGAACCCCUGGAAUAACUGGGAUGCCAGGCCAACUUGGCUCUGUAGGUCCCAGUGGAAUUCCAGGAUUACUUGGCCCAGUGGGUGGCAAAGGGAAGAAAGGCAUUACGGGAUUUCCAGGACCAUCUGGUUCAUUAGGGAUUCCAGGAAUACAAGGAUUACAAGGAAUAGUUGGGGGUGAUGGAGUGAGAGGCACUGAUGGCGAGUCAGGGUGCCACGGAUAUCCAGGUUCAAAGGGAGAACCUGGGGAAGAAGGAUUUGUCAACAUCUUAUACGAAAAAGGUUCUUCUGGAAGCCAAGGUCUUCCUGGUAUUAAUGGGUUUACAGGGCCAAGAGGUGAGAAGGGAUUACCUGGGAAUCCAGGAACACCUGGCUUUCCUGGUAAACCUGGUCUCCCAAGUUUGCAGAAAGGCUGUCACGGUAUAAAUGGACCACGGGGUCCACAUGGACGACAAGGAUUUCUGGGGAAAAAAGGUGUAAGAGGUAUCACUGGAUUUCCUGGAAUGUUUGGUGAGAAAGGUGACGAAGGGGAGAUGGGACCACCUGGAAGGCUAGGUAAUCCUGGUAGGAAAGGAUCAAAAGGUGACCAAAGUAUAUGCAUCAGUGUCCCAGGACCUCCUGGACCGAAGGGGCCACCAGGUGAUGAUGGAGACUCAGGUUGCAAAGGGGCACCAGGAGAGCCCGGUCGUCCUGGCACGGAUGGGUGCCCAGGAGCACCUGGACCCAAGGGAAUGAUGGGUUCCUCUGGAAUACCAGGCUGUCCAGGCAAUCAAGGACUUCCAGGAGAUCCGGGAACGCCGGGAGCAGCAGGACUGCCGGGACUUCCAGGAAGAAAAGGCUCUGAAGGGCACUCUGGAUCACCGGGUACAAAAGGUCAACCUGGGCGACCUGGUUUAAAUGGUCUACAUGGGUUACAAGGGCAAAAAGGAAUGCAUGGAGAACAAGGCCCCAGCAAAACAGGGCUUCCAGGUAAUCCAGGAUCACCAGGAUCUAAAGGUGAAUAUGGGGCUCCAGGAACCCCAGGAAGGUCUAUUCCUGGUCCCAUGGGAAGAACAGGCCCCCGAGGAAUACCAGGCAAUCCAGGAAUGCCUGGGACACCAGGAAAUCUGGGUCCAGAAGGACCUCCUUGUGAUGUAGCAUCUUCUGGACCUCGAGGAGAUGCUGGACUUCCAGGAUCCGAUGGUCAACCAGGUCCUCCCGGUAUUCCUGGUGAUCGGGGUACCUCCUUAUGGGCAAUGAAAGGAGGUCCUGGUGAUCCAGGUCAACAAGGUUUAUUUGGUUCCAGAGGGCUCCCAGGGCAGCCAGGCAAUCUUGGCUUUGAUGGUUUUCCAGGGUUACCAGGUCUAAAAGGUGAGAAGGGAUUCAAAGGGCAAGCCGGGUUCCUUGGAUUGGAUGGAUAUCGUGGAGAUUCUGGUGAUGUGGGUGAACGUGGUGACUGUGGGCCACCGGGAUCUCCAGGCAGUCCAGGUUCACCAAGUCCAAUUAUUCCUGAACCCUGUCUGAAUAUGGAUGCCUAUAAAGGAGAUAAAGGACCUGCAGGAUAUGCAGGUGUUCCAGGAUCAAAAGGGGCUGUGGGACACCCUGGUCUAGAUGGCGUUCCAGGAUCCAGAGGCAAAAUUGGGAAACCUGGAAAACCAGGUCCUAGUUAUCCAGGCCUUCCUGGGAUACCAGGAGAUCCAGGCACUCGCGGGAGUCGAGGAAUGGUUGGGGAUCGGGGUCCCUGUGGGAUUCAAGGGCCUCCAGGCCAGAUAAAACCAUGUGGUUCUGCUGGUGGGUUCCUACUUGUAACACAUAGUCAAACGGACAGGAUACCCUCAUGUCCUCAAAACAUGCCUAGUCUUUGGCAUGGGUAUAGUUUGCUUUAUCUGGAAGGUCAAGAAAAGUCUCACAGUCAAGAUCUUGGUCUAGCUGGCUCUUGUUUGCCAAUGUUCAGUACAAUGCCAUUUGCGUAUUGCACCACUGAUGACGUUUGUCACUAUGCCAAUAGAAAUGACAAAUCCUAUUGGUUGUCUACCACCGCACCUAUGCCCAGGAAGCCACUCAUUGAUCGAGAGAUAGAGCCUUACAUCAGCAGAUGUUCAGUGUGUGAGGCAUCUUCUGUUGCAGUGGCUGUCCAUAGCCAGGAUGAGACCAUUCCUUUAUGUCCAUCAAGAUGGAGAAGUCUUUGGGCCGGAUACUCUUUCUUCAUGCACACAGGAGCAGGCACCGGAGGAGGAGGUCAAUCUCUGAUGUCACCUGGGAGCUGCCUGGAGGAUUUCCACUCACUACCAUUUAUCGAGUGCCAGGGAGCUCAGGGCACUUGCCACUUCUUUGCCAACAAGUAUAGCUUCUGGCUAGCAAUAGUGCGAUCAAACGAGCAGUUUAGUAAUCCUGCCUUUUCAGAGACUCUUAGCAUGGAACAAAGAGGGAGAAUCAGUCGGUGUCGAGUCUGCAUAAGGAAUGAAUGUGAGAAAGAGGAGUGUUAAGACUCUUUACCAAAAAGAAGCUGAUGAUGAUGAUAAUCUCUGUAUUUGAUAUAGCACCUUAUCACGUCUUCUAGAUGUCUCAAAGCGCUUUGAUCUAAUGGGUAAAGGCGCUCAUUUAAUUUUACCCUCUAUGCAUACACUAAACUGUGGUGGGGGGGAGGGAAUCAACAGGAGACUGAGCUGCAAUGCCAGUACUAGUCUGCUCACAGUAAUCAAUGAAUACAAGAACAUGAGUAAAUUCUGUUCAAACAUAGUUACUUAUCAAUAUUAUUCAGAUAAAUUUAACUUGUAGAUAUGUAUUUAUAUCUAAAAUGAUUGGGGAUCUGUUUCUUUUUUCUUCAUCUGUUCACAGCUCCAAAAAAUUAAGAUAGCAAGAUUUAGCUUGUCGAUGCAAACCAUUUGCACGAAUGAAAUUCUGUUGUAACUUUAUCCUAAUGUUAACAAUAAACAUUCCGAAUGAUUCAACAGCUCACUGUUUUUAAAGCAAUCGAUUGAGGGAAUUUGGUUAUGGAUGAUCAAAAGAGGUGAGAGAGAUAAUGUAGUGAUGAGGUUACUGCCCCUUCACCUCAAAGCGGCCCAGAGUGAUGAAUGAAAGAUCUGAGGUGGAAUUAGUUAGUAAAUUUCAAUGCAAUAGUACGUACUGUCCCUAAUUGUGCACUAAACUGGCAAUACCAUUCAUAGAGACCAGGAGUAUGUGUGAUAUGGAAAAUAGAAAUGUUAGACUGGUACAGUUCGUAAGGGGUAAGGAAUGGUUUUUGGAUUUGGGGCAGAUACACACAAUUGAGGUGGUAGAGGAAAGGGAGGCUUCACCCAAUCUAAUCAUGUCACAUGUAUAAUGUUGCUAUUGAGAGCCGUAAAUGGAAAAAGUGUUCAAUUUCCUAGCAAUAAAUCUCUUAUCUUGAAGACAUCUGAUCCCCCCCACCCUCAAAAUAGUGAGUUAAAUUGAAAGAAACUUUCUGUUUGCCACACUUUGAGUGUCGGAGCUUUAUUUUAAUUUUAUCUUCACAGUGCUAACCAAAAACUUCACUGAAAUGUAUACAUUUUGUGUAAGCCACAUUGCCUCAAUGAAAAAAAUAGUGCAAUAGUAUCUUGGUGAUGUGGAUAUGACUAGGGCUUUGAAAGCAGCAGGAACAAUUUUGUACCAAGAUCUCAAACAGAAUACGAUUUACAGUUUAUUUUGUUGGUUUUUCAAGCUCUAGGUUAUUCUGUGGAUGUUUCCAAAAGCUUAAUAUUUUUCCUUUACAAUGUACAAAAAUUGUGUGUUAAGUGAAAAAAAAUCUUGAAUUCCUAAUUUACCAAAGACAUGGAUUUCCUCUCUUGUUAUUGUGCUCUCGUUGUGCAGAGCCAGCUGCAGUAUUUAAUGCUAUCUGACAAGCACAUAAAAUGGUGGUUAAGCUUGCUUUCGAAUUCGUGUGUCAGCGUUUAAAGUUGCAUUGAUUGGGAAAGCAGAUUGAAAUGAAAAUCCUGUCUGUUUUCCUUAUUUAGGAAUUUUAUUUGAAGUCAUUAAAAUGUUAAGAGACUGGCUAGCUCGAAACACUGAGGUAACUGUUAUUGCUACAAAUUGACUGUAAAUUAAAUAAAAGGAGAGAUUUAAAAGAUCCGAGA